CAGCCCCUCCUCCGGGUCCCCCGGCGUUCCAUCCGGGCCCGCGUUCCACUCAGGCGGCCCGCCGGCGGGUGCCGGGCGGCGGCAGCGGAGACGGUGGCGCCAACCUCGCGCCCCGCCAAGACCCGGGCCCGCGCGCCCGCCCGCCAUCGGAGACAGACAGCGCGCGCGCUCCCCGGGGGCUGCCCUCCCCCUGCGCGCGUCGGCCCCGGGCUCGCGCCGCCGCCGCCGCGCGCGCGCAGCUCAAGUAAAGGAGGAAAAAAAAGGGGGAAAAAAUAGAAAGCGGCGGCGGCUGCAGCAGCGAUCCGCCGCCGGACUGGGCCAGGCCGGGUGGCUGACGUGCGAGCCGGCAAGCCGGGGGAGAGGCGGCGGCCAUCCAGGGCGGGCCGGGUUAAAAAAAAAGUCGCGGCGGCGGCUACUCAGGGAAGGAGGCCCGAGGGCCGCGUGCAGCGGGCGGGGGGCGGCUGCUCUGCGUCCCGGAGCCUAGAGCCGCCGGGAGCCGGCCGGCGGGCGAGCGGGCGGAGGCGGCUGCAGGAGCAGCAGCGGCGGCGGCGGCGGCGGCGGCAUCUCCUCCUCACAUGACCCCACUGUUUGUCCCCGUGAUCAGCGCGAGCGGCUCCCGUGUCUCCUCCGUCCCCUCCUGCCGCGCGGCGUGAGCGCCGGGCUCGGGGCCCCCCCGGCCGCCCGCCCCCUCCCCUCCCUCCCUCCCCUCCCCUCCCCUCCCCCCCGGGCCCGGCGCCCCCCCCGCCCCCACCCCCCCCAUGGACAUGCUGGACCCGGGUCUGGAUCCUGCUGCCUCGGCCACCGCUGCUGCCGCCGCCAGUCACGACAAGGGACCCGAGGCAGAGGAGGGCGUCGAGCUGCAGGAAGGCGGGGACGGCCCUGGGGCGGAGGAGCAGACGGCGGUGGCCAUCGCCAGCGUCCAGCAGGCGGCGUUCGGCGACCACAACAUCCAGUACCAGUUCCGCACAGAGAAUAAUGGAGGACAGGUGACAUACCGCGUAGUCCAGGUGACUGAUGGUCAGCUGGACGGCCAGGGCGACACAGCAGGCGCCGUCAGCGUGGUGUCUACGGCUGCCUUCGCGGGGGGGCAGCAGGCUGUGACCCAGGUGGGUGUGGAUGGGGCCACCCAGCGUCCCGGCCCCGCUGCUGCCUCUGUGCCCCCAGGUCCCGCAGCGCCCUUCCCACUGGCUGUAAUCCAAAAUCCCUUCAGCAAUGGUGGCAGCCCGGCAGCUGAGGCUGUCAGUGGGGAGGCACGAUUUGCCUAUUUCCCAGCGUCCAGUGUGGGAGAUACCACGGCUGUGUCCGUACAGACCACAGACCAGAGCUUGCAGGCCGGAGGCCAGUUCUAUGUCAUGAUGACGCCCCAGGACGUGCUUCAGACAGGAACGCAGAGGACAAUUGCGCCCCGGACACACCCCUACUCCCCGAAAAUCGACGGAACCAGAACGCCACGUGAUGAGAGAAGGAGAGCUCAGCAUAAUGAAGUGGAGAGGAGGCGGAGGGACAAGAUCAACAACUGGAUAGUCCAGCUUUCAAAAAUCAUUCCAGAUUGUAAUGCAGAUAACAGCAAGACGGGAGCGAGUAAAGGAGGCAUCCUGUCGAAGGCCUGCGACUACAUCCGGGAGCUGCGCCAGACCAACCAGCGCAUGCAGGAGACCUUCAAGGAGGCCGAGCGGCUGCAGAUGGACAACGAACUCCUGAGGCAGCAGCCCCCACUCAGCCCCGGCACUUCUAGUGGUCUCGCCUGGAGGCAAGAGGGAGGAGGACAGAGCCCCUGCCAUACCCCACUGCCUCCUUGGACUCUAGAGCAGGACAGCCGGACGGACAGCACGAUGGCGCUGAACAGGCAGACCUGGGCCACCUGUCUCCUGCUCCUCCUCCUGGCCAGCCUGACCAGUGGUGCCGUUCUCCCACCCCAGACCAGACAGCUAGCAGACCUCCAGACCCAGGACACAGCUGGAGCCGCAGCUGGCUUGAUGGUGAGAUCCCCUGGGAUUCCCUUCCGCGCCUCCCCCGCCUUCCCGUGCCUGCCCCCCGCUCACUGCCCUUCCUUCCCACAGCCUGUGCUCCAGAGACCAAGACGAGACACCCACUUCCCCAUCUGCGUUUUCUGCUGCGGCUGCUGUCAUAAAGCGAGGUGUGGGAUGUGCUGCAGGACGUAGAGCAGCCCGCCGCUCCAGUCCCCACCCCCCUCUUAUUUAUUCCUGCUGCCCUCCAACGCUUGGUGAAUGGUCUUGGAAUAAAAUGGCUGUUUCUAG